AUGCUAGAAUGGGUUGUUGCUGUUUCCAUCCUGAUACUGGUGGCCUGUGUAUGGCCGGUGUCGCGGUACCUCCGACCAGUAAUCCAGUCCGCCUCGCUCCUCGGCGGGCUGGGAAGGGGAAUUUCUCAGCAGCAAGCGAGAGACCGGGGGUCAGACAGGUGCGAAUCUGACCACGGCGCUUGCUCUACAUCAACGGCAGCGUCUGCUGAAGACGCAGAGACUGUUGCGUUCAUAUGCAAGCCCUCUGCUCUGGCCAAUUACCUCCUCAAACACUGCGUGUCUUUCCUCAAUUUCACGCCGGGUUCGAGAUGGAGCUGGCGCGCGAGCCCGUUCCUGCAGACCGUUUUCGGCGCGUGCUGGCCCGCGGAGAGCUCCGUGCAUUUUGUGCGUGACCACCUGCAGAUGAGCGACGACGGGCUGGUCGCGCUGGACUGGGCUGUCGCCGGGACCGCGUGCCACAAGAGGAGGAGGACAUCAAGUAAUUCCACCAAUCCAAUUCUCCUGAUAAUCCCGAAUUCUUUUGGGAAAAUCACCCGGAAUGUCUUGAAGCUGUGUGAAGUGGCCCUGGGUCACGGCUACCUCCCCGUGGUCUUCAACCGCCGUGGGCAGAACGGCACGCCGCUCAGCACGCCCAGGCUGCAGCAGUUCGGCGACCCGGCGGACCUGCGGGAGGCGGUGCGGUACGUGCGGUACCGGCGGCCUGCUGCCCGGCUCUACGCGGUGAGCGAGGGCACGGGCUCGGGGCUACUGCUGUCCUACCUGGGGGAGUGCGGCUCCUCCAGCUACCUGACGGCCGCCACCUGCCUCUCACCGGUGUUCCGCUGCCAGGGCUGGUUCGAGACCGCCCCCUGCUGGCCCUUCCAAUGGGUUCUGCUGCUCUACCAAAAGAUCUGCCUCAGCAGAUACAGGACUGCACUGGCAGAGACGAUCCAUACGGACGCUCUGUUCUCCAGCAGUUCCCUGCGUAGCCUGGAGGAGGCGCUCUUCUGCCAGCCAGGGCCGAAGGGAGCACCGGCCGGGGGAGGAGAUGGCUGGGAGGCGUACUGGGAGCGUAACGACCCCCUGCGUGACGUAGACGAGGUGGCGGUGCCGGUGCUGUGCGUGUGCAGCCGUGACGACCCGGUGCGGGGCGAGCCGAGCACCACCCUGCCCUUGGAGCUCUUCCAGAGCAACCCCCACUUCUUCCUGCUGCUGACGGGGCGCGGCGGGCACUGCGGCUUCUCCACGAUCGCCGAGGCCGAGGGCGCCGCCCCCUGGAGCCACCGUGCCCUGCUGGAGUUCUUCCACUCCGCCACGGACUUCUUCACCAGCGAGGAGCGGGCCAAGGCAGCGCCAAGGCGCAGGGGUCUGGGGGGUGGGGCCAGCGGCCGGGCCUUCCGCCACCGCAGCGUCAGCACCUGCAAACGGCUGCCCGUCUGCUCCCACAACAUCCACCCUGCCGGCAGCUGGCACAGGUCCUACACCAGGUGA